AUGCAAUCAUGUGAGGGUGAUGUGAUACCUCUCGACCGUAUGCAGUCAUAUGAGGCUGAUGCGACACCUCUCGACCGUAUGCAUUCAUGUGAGGGUGAUGCGACAGCUCUCGAUCGUAUGCAAUCAUGUGAGGGUGAUGUGGCACCUCUCGACCGUAUGCAAUCAUGUGAGGGUGAUGCGUCACCUCUUGACCGUAUACAAUCAUGUGAGGGUGAUGUGGCACCUCUCAACCAUAUGCAAUCGUGUGAGCGUGAUGUGGCACCUCUCGAUCGUAUGCAAUCAUGUGAGGGAGAUGUGGCUCCUCUCGAUCGUAUGCAAUCAUGUGAGGGCGAUGUGGCACCUGUCGACCAUAUGCAACCAUGUGAGGAUGAUGUGGCACCUCUCGACCAUAUGCAAUCAUGUGAGGGUGAGGUGGCACCUCUUCGACCGUAUGCAAUCAUGUGA